AAGAAAAAUAGGCUACAAGGUAACCGAUCUGUUUAGAAGUGAAGCUAAUUUCUUCAAAGUAGCUGUGGAAGAUUUGCAGAUCUGUUGUGUGGGUUUGGAUUCUAUAAAACAUCUGUUUUCACUUCAACUAGUGAGGGAAACCAAAAGAAGAGAGAGAGGAGGGUGGAAUAAUCAAAAUAUUUGUUGUUUGUCUGAGAACUCGACUCCUCAACACCAACCAACCAACGUUUUUCAAAGGUCAGCUUCAAAAAAGAAAAAACUUUUAAACAACUCAAGGAAGAGGAAGGAGAGGGAAAAGGGCUGUCUUCAGAUCGGUAUCUAACAUACAACAAGUAAUUAAUUAUUGCUUUCGUUUAGCUUAACUGUGAAGCAGAAAAAAAGAGGGUUUCUUUCUCAGAUUCAAGACUGUAGCUGCCAUUUUUCAGGCUAUUCUUUUGAAAGCACUGAAGCUGCAAAAAGCUUAAACGAGGAGGAAGACAAGUCUUCUGACUUGGACCGUGAUAUAUCAAAGCGUAAAGAAAGGCCUUUUAUCACUAUACAUAACUAAACUGCUGUCUGAAUAAUCGUCAUCAACACCGGGCAUCUCAGACCCAGCUUCUUUUGUUCGCUUAAACCACCAUCUUCACCGUUUCACUUUCUAACAUUUAUCCGAAAUCCCAGAUUUUCUCUCUAUUUUCAAGUGAAACAACCAACAAAAGAAAAGGUAAGAAGAUUAGUUUCUUAGGGGGAGGUAUUGAGUUUGUGAGAAAGGAAUGAAACUGGCAUGGAGGUGGAUGAGAUUCAGACACAAGCCUCAAAGUUGUCAAGAGUUGGUAAUGGUGGGAGAAAUGAGUCAAGCAAGAUAGGUCAGAGAGGUAGGGACAACUACCCUGAUGAUAAAGAAGAUGGAGCGCUCAUCAAAAGGGCUAGUGCAAAUGGUCUAGCUGAUGUUAACAGGCUUCGAGGCUGGCACCAUUCCUCAAGGAUUAUUAGGGUUUCUCGAGCCUCGGGUGGCAAAGAUCGGCACAGCAAGGUUUGGACUUCAAAAGGGUUGAGAGACAGGAGGGUAAGGUUAUCUGUGACCACAGCUAUACAGUUUUAUGAUCUACAAGAUCGGUUGGGGUAUGAUCAUCCUAGUAAAGCCAUAGAGUGGCUAAUUAAAGCAGCUGCUGAUGCAAUUUCAGAGCUUCCUUCACUCAACACUUCAUUUCCCGAUUCUCCAAUGCAAUUAAGUGGUGAGAAAAGAACAAGUGGAGGAACUGAACAAGGGUUUGACUCAGCUGAUGUCGAGUUAAAUGGUGAACCUAAUAAUUACCAACAAAACCAAAGUCAGCAGCACUUUUCUUUGUCCAAAUCAGCUUGCAGUAGCACGUCUGAGACGAGUAAGAACUCGGGUUUAUCCCUUUCGAGGUCCGAGAUCCGUGUAAAGGCUCGGGAACGAGCAAGGGAAAGAGCAGCAAAAGAAAAGGAGAAAGAGCAAGAGUCUCGCAUUCCAGAUCAACAAAAUGUGAACCCCGUCUCUCAAAACUCGUCCUUCACCGAGUUACUCACAUGUGGCAUUGGCAGUGUUAGCAACAAUGACGCUAAUCCUACAGCUUCAGCUCAUCAAAACCCCAGGCAGUGGCCUGUCACUCAAAUGGAUUACUUCACAACGGGGCUCCUUGGACCUUCUUCCUCUAGAAACCAUUCUUCAGGUUUUCCUGGACAAAUCCAACUAGGAAACCCUUUCCCCCAUCAGCAAAUACUUAUACCACAGAUCACCGUGUCCGGUGAAAACCAUCAAGAGUUGCAGCAUUUUUCGUUUGUUCCCAAUACUGACCAUCUGAUCCCGGUGGCAACAACACAAGCUGUGCCAGGGGGUGACUACAACCUCAACUUCACUAUCUCUUCCGGCCUUGCUGGUUACAAUAGGGGGACCCUUCAGUUCAAUUCUCCUUCCUUUUUGCCUCAUCACUUCCAGAGAUUUUCUUCUAUAGAAGGACCACCACCCUUCUACAUUGGCACGCCACCUUUGGACCACCAUCAGUUCCCAGCUGGAUUAGAAGGUCGCUUGCAGCUCUGCUACGGGGAUGGAAGCAGGAACCCAGAUCAGAAAGGAAAAGGAAAGAACUAACCAGUUUACUGGAAAAGUCCCCUCUUGCCCCGUAUUUUUCCCUGGUAAGCUCAACACUCAUUUAAUCAAACUUCUUUACGAUUAGUAGUGUUUGGCAUCCAUAUCUAUCUUCCUUGCUUUACUUUUCCUUAAUUAGCUUCGAUAUUUUUGUGCCUGUUUAACCUUUUUUUUCUUUAAUUUUUUUUUCUGGGGCAUCCUUUUUGGAUAAACGUGUUAUGAUUGUGCAUAGAAUAGUACCAUGAACCACUCAAUUCCUUGGUUUCUUAAAAGAAAUCUGGCAAUGGGGACAAGCUUAAAUUUGUGUUUUGUCAUGAUUCCUGCAUAGGUUUUUGUGACUAAGGAUCGGCUGGUUGUCUCAUUGUCUGUUCUCUUCUCCAUGGUUCCCUUAUCCCUGACAUAUAUGAACCAAUGCCAGGUGUUAGUUUCUUGGUGGCCAAGCAUUGCUGGGCACUGAGUUAAAUCAAUUAAAGAUCACAUUUCAAAAUAGGGUGUGACCUUGUAAACCUUAACUGCACCACAUGGCAAUGGAUCAGCUACAUUGUCAGUUUUUUGAUUGGUUAAAGUUUCUAGAUGAUUAACGGUAAACUACAUCUGAAAAAAA